AUGCCUUUGGAAACACCUGGAUUUGAUAUGUAUCAGAGCAGCAUUGGCGCACACCGCCUCGCAUACCGCUCUCACAUAUCCAAGUUUGUAAAAGCUGGUUUCAUCAACCACGCUAUCCACCUGUUCGAUCAAAUGACCCAAUCCAAUUGCCGCGUCUUCAGCGUGGACUACAACCGCUUCAUUGGCGUCCUCCUCCGCCACUCCCGCCUCCAUCUGGCCCACCACUACUAUCGCCAUCACGUUAUCCCUCGCGGCUUCUCCCUCCUCCCCUUCACCUACUCCCGCUUCAUCUCCGCCCUCUGCUCCGCCCCCAGCAACAUCCCCCUCAUCCACGACCUACUCCUCGACAUGCACUCUCUCGGCUUCGUCCCCGACAUUUGGGCCUUCAACACUUACCUCAGCUUCUUGUGCCGCCACGAUCGCUUAGACACCGCUCUCGAACUCUUCCACUCCAUGCCCUCCAAGGGAAGAGACCCCGACGUUGUUUCUUACACUAUUGUCGUUGACGCGUUGUGCAAAGCUCAACGCUUCAAUGAGGCUGCUGAAGUUUGGCGUGGUUUGCUUGGCAAAGGGUUGAGCCCUGAUUUUAAAGCCUGUGUUGCUCUUGUUGUUGGUUUGUGCUGUGGGCGGCGCGUUGAUUUGGCUUAUGAGCUUGUUGUUGGUGUGAUCAAGGGUGGGGUGAAGGUUAAUAUCUUGGUUUACAAUACUUUGAUUGAUGGGUUUUGUAGGAUGGGGAGGGUUGAUAAGGCUAUGAAGAUUAAAGCGUUUAUGAGCCGCAAUGGCUGUGUGCCGGAUUUGGUUACUUACAAUAUACUGUUGAAUUACUGUUGUGACGAGGGGAUGGUAGAUGAGGCGGUGCGGUUGGUGGAGACGAUGGAGCGGAGCGGGGUGGAGCCGGAUUUGUAUAGCUAUAAUGAGCUGUUGAAGGGUUUUUGCAAGGCCAAUAUGGUGGACAGGGCUUAUUUGAUGCUGGUUGAGAGGAUGCAGACCAAAGGGCUGUGUGAUGUUGUUUCGUAUAACACGGUUAUCACGGCAUUCUGUAAGUUGCGCCGUACUAGGAGGGGUUAUGAGUUGUUUGGGGAGAUGUGUGGGAAGGGGAUUAAGCCAGAUAUGGUGACGUUUAAUAUACUUAUAGAUGCCUUUCUAAGAGAAGGAAGUAUCCAAGUGGUUAAGAAACUGCUUGAUGAAAUGACAAAGAUGGGUAUUCUUCCUGAUCGUAUAUUCUAUACCGCAGUAGUUGAUCAUCUGUGCAAGACUGGGAAGGUUGAAACGGCUCAUAAUGUUUUUCGUGACAUGGUGGAGAAUGGGGUAAAUCCGGAUGUCAUCUCUUACAAUGCACUUGUAAAUGGAUUUUGUAAGGCUUCUAGAGUUAUGGAUGCCAUGCGUCUAUAUGAUGAAAUGCAGAGGAACGGUUUGUACCCUGAUGAGGUAACUUUCAAGUUGAUAGUUGGAGGGCUUAUAAGGGGGAAAAAACUUUCACUGGCCUGUAGGGUUUGGGAUCAGAUGAUGGAGAAAGGCUUAACGCUUGACAGACAUCUUUCUGAGACUCUAGUAAAAGCUAUUCAAUCAAGUGAUGGCGCAUGA